AGCAGGCUGCUGCUUUGGUAGCGCUGGUACAGAGAAGGACUGGAUCAGACACAAGAAUACCAGGGCAUGGACGCCAGGGAAUUGCCAGCCAUUUUAUAGUUUAUAGCAACCAGAUUAUUGGCUACAGUCACGUAAUUGUGUUCCAUAAUUUCAUAAUGGGUCAGUGCGGUAUUACUUCUUCAAAGACUGUGCUGGUCUUCCUCAACCUUAUUUUCUGGGCUGCUGCUGGGAUUCUGUGCUAUGUCGGUGCCUAUGUGUUCAUUACGUAUGAUGACUAUGAUCACUUCUUUGAGGAUGUGUACACCUUGGUCCCCGCUGUGAUCAUCAUCGCUGUCGGCGCUCUCCUUUUCAUCAUUGGCCUGAUUGGAUGUUGCGCCACAAUCCGGGAGAGUCACUGUGGGUUAGCCACGUUUGUCAUCAUCCUUAUGCUGGUGUUUGUGACUGAGGUGGUUGUGGUGGUUCUCGGAUAUAUUUACAGAGCAAAGGUGGAAGAAGAGGUCAAUCAUUCAAUCCAGAAGGUGUACAAUGAAUACAAUGGCACAAACAGUGAUGCCCCCAGCCGUGCUAUUGACUAUGUGCAGAGGCAGCUCCAUUGCUGUGGAAUCACAAACUACUCUGACUGGAGGAACACACGCUGGUUUAACGAGUCUCGGAACAACAGCGUCCCCCUGAGCUGCUGCAAACCCACUGCGAGCAACUGUACUGGUGCCCUCACCCACCCAGGAGACCUCUACCCUGAGGGUUGUGAAGCUCUGGUUGUGAAGAAACUGAAGGAGAUCAUGAUGUAUGUCAUUUGGGCUGCGCUGACAUUUGCUGCAAUUCAGAUGCUUGGGAUGCUGUGUGCAUGUGUUGUGUUAUGCCGUAGAGGCCGGGAUCCUGCAUAUGAGCUUCUGAUAAGUGGAGGGACAUAUGCAUGAAGAGGAAUUACUAAGGGAACACGAUCACACACACACACAUACAGGGCUCAGGGUUCUGUCAGUGUGUAAUGACACACUGAGCUUAUACUCUUUCAGCUGUACAACUUAUGCAGGGUUGCACACUCUGUGCCCUGGUGAUGGGUGAAGCAAAAUUAAUAGAUUUUUAUUUAUUUGUGUGUUUCUGUACAAAUUGUUACGUUUUAUUUUAAAUGUGUUCUCUCCAAAUAGAGAAAUUGUGAUCAAACAUUUUCUUUGUUUCUUAAUGCGAAUUUUCUUUCUUGCAUCGUGUGUGUAAGAUUGAGCAUUUUGGCUCACAUGAAACAUGGCAUUAUUGUAUGAACAAGAGAAUGUGGAAUUUAUUCUUUCCUCAUGUGUUUAUUUGCACUAUGUGUACGGCUAUGGAAUAUUUUAUUACCAAGUGUCAUUGAGUUCGUGCUUGUGAAUAAAUGGAAAGGGAUACUCUUAUGUAUAAGAGGUUUGUUCCCUUAUCACUGUCUCAGCUAUGAUGCCGCCCAUCAGCAGAAACCCUAACAGUGUAAGACAGGCCACUGGCCUUCCAGUGAACUAGUACAAUGGUCUCAAUCUCACCAGAGUAAACUAAUAGAAUCAGUAAAUUCAGUCUUCUUUUUACACAAAAACUAACGGUUUGUGCAAUUUAAUUCAUGCACUACCUAAUGUUCUAAAUGAUUUUAUCACAUUUACUUUUCUCUCCUGCCUUGCUUAUUGUGUGGAGUUUAGAAUUCUGGCAAGUUUGUAGAUCUUUAAGUUGGUUUGAAGAUCAUGUAGUGAUGUAGAACGAUAUUAGCGUGAAAGGAAUGUAAAUAGGUUAAGAGGAAGAAUUAAAAAAUUAAACGUAAUUUUGACAUCA